AUGUAUAAUGUAGAGCUGGAAUAUACUUGUCAAAUUUUCACAUUGGGAGGUCCAAAGGAGAAGCAAUGGAGAAACAUUAACAUCAAAGACAAAUUCACUCUAAGGUGUGAUAGUGAACGUAGUGUAUGCAUCAAUGGGAUUAUCUAUUACAGAUCAAUAAAUAAUGUAUUAGGGACGUUUGACGUUAGAUUCGAGAGAUUUGAUCGUAUCCAGAUGUCGAUGAAUCAGUUUUGGGGUUCGAUCACACCAGUAAACUACCAAGGGAAACUAGGAUGCAUACAUAUACGUUACGGAAAUAACGCUAGUGCAGAGAUGUGGAUUAUGGAAGAUCAUAUGGGGAAACAAAAAUGGUCAAAGAUUACAUUGUCCAUUACUCCUUCUCGACUAAAUUACGUCGCUGGUGUCACUCGUAAAGGUGAGAUUGUCAUAAUUCCCGAGACCAAGUGGGUUCAUCGUUAUUCUGAUCAAACGUUAUGGGCAGACUAUUAUGAUGUUAAGAAAAACAAGACUAGAAGAGUUGUAAUCGAAAAGAACUUCAAGGGGGGGAAUAAGAUAUCAAUACGAACACCAAGUUCGUAUCUUUUGUGA